GGUAAGGGAGAAAGAUGGAUUUCUCUGCAUUGCCGAACAAUAACAAGCCCGAUAAAUUCCUUCAGCUAGAUGUGAAGUCCUUAGCAAAAACAUCAGCCUUCUUACAAACCUGGCUGGCAAAUUUUCCAGAAGCACCUUUUCCUGAAGAACAGAAGUGGCACAAUCGAGUCUAUUCACAGAGAGAAAAGAAAAACAUCCAGGAACAGCCUGUUUGGCAACUGGCCCCACUUCACCCAGCAAUGAUUGACAAAGCUCUUGGAAAGCAUGUCACAGCUGUCACUUUGAAAUCUACCAUCAAAAGCAACCCUCUCUAUGAUGGGGUCCUUGCUGAUGAUAGUUGGGAGAAAAGGAGAAAUAACCCAUCGUGGACGGUCCAAGAUUAUGACAGGCAUUCCCUCAACUCUAGCCUGCCUUACUAUCUAAAGGAAAAUCCAAAUGAUUUACAGUACUGGAUGGAAGAUGUUUACACUCCAGGAUAUGAUACCUUGUUGAAAAAGAAAGAGAGAGAAGGAAACCGUUCCAGAUGCUGUCUUAUCCUGUUCCUUAUAUUGCUAGCUGGCACCAUGAUAGCUACUGUAACAGCCUGCAUCGUAUUUAUCUGAUAAGCCAAAUCCAGCUAUUAAAGCUUAUUGCACAA